CCGUAAACAGAAAUAGAGCCGGGAGCAAAACACAAACAAUAAAAACAAUGCAAAUUAGGAAUUUAAAUUUUAAGUUCAAAACCAAUAUUUGGAAUUCAAAUUGUUAAUUCAUUUGAUAUAUUCUAAAUUCAUCACAUCAUAACAAUCAUAAAAGGUGCAGGUCAUCUUGCAAUAAAUCAAUCGACUCGAAACAAUUGAUCAGAGUAUUAUUCUAGUAUAUGGAUAUAAAACUAAACGAACGAUAAAAAUGGAUGAUGGAUCACUUUAAUUAGAAUCACUGUGUGUGACACGUCGUAUUUGCUACAAUUACGACCGUUGUUUGGCUUGCUGAAUUAUUAUGAGUCCUUCAUUGGGUCCCUCUCAGACAGACAGAACAAAGACACACUACCAAAUCCUAGGAGUAGGUCCCCAAUGUUCAACUGCAGACAUAAAGUCUGCAUUCCUCACUUUGUCAAAAUCCCAUCAUCCUGACCUUCACCCCGACGACCCUUCCAAGCAUCACACAUUUGUCAGGAUUAUGGAGGCAUACACAGUUCUUUCCAAACCAGGCCUAAGGUCCACGUAUGAUUCACGUCUCGCUGCUGCCCAAAAACACAAUCAGUCUUAUUCCGGCUCUACAUUUGACUCAACAACAGACUUUGACCAUUGGAAUGUACAAAGUAAUGCCCCAAGAUGGAGGGAUGAGACAAUUUGGGAAAUGAGGGACAAGGACCGAGAUAAAUUUUAUACAGACCAACCCUACUAUGGGAUCCGAGGACUGAAACGUGUCAACAACUUGUGGAUUGCUGCGGCAGCGGUAAUGGUGAUGGGCUUGGGUGCUGUGUUUCAUUUUGUUGCUUUAAGAAAAAGUGCUACUUUUAGUACAUCUCGACUGGACGCGAGGGACAAAAAACUGGGCAACCAUUUGAAACAUGCAAGAAAAUUAGCUAUAGAAAAUGGAAAUGAUGUACAGCUUGAAAUUUUAGAAGCGAGAUUAGUAAAUCAAGAUGACUAGCUUCCUGAUGUGAAGUAGAGUCCAACACGAAAAAAUUGAAAGUGUCCAUAAUAUUUUAAAAUUUGUAGUUGGACAAAUAAAAUGCGUCAUCACACAUAA